AUGACUUCCGAGGAUAAAGACCAUAGGCCGAAGCCCAGCAGCCUGCGUUCCAUCAUCGCAGGCUCGACUGCGGGAGCAGUCGAGAUUGCAAUAACUUAUCCAGCAGAGUUUGCGAAGACACGAUCGCAGCUCAACCGCCGGCUACCUGACGCCAAAAAGCUUCCAUGGCCACCCUUCGGUGGGCAAUGGUAUGCAGGGUGCACGACUCUCAUCAUCGGAAAUUCCCUCAAGGCUGGCAUCCGAUUUGUUGCCUUCGACACCUUCAAGUCUCUUCUCCAGGAUGAGAAUGGGAAGAUUUCCGGGCCAAAAACUGUCAUUGCCGGCUUCGGAGCCGGUUUCACAGAGUCCCUUCUGGCAGUGACUCCGUUCGAAAGCAUCAAGACACAAAUAAUUGACGAUAGAAAGUCGCCAAACCCGCGUAUGCAUGGUUUCUUGCAUGGUACCAAGCUCAUAUACCAGGAAAGGGGCAUUCGGGGCUUUUUCCAAGGGUUUGUUCCAACAACAGCGAGACAGGCAGCCAACUCAGCGACCAGGUUCUCAAGCUACACAAUGUUAAAACAGUUUGCUCAAGGCUACGUUGCGCCGGGAGAAAAGUUGGGGACGGCAAGCACCUUCGCUCUUGGAGGCAUAGCAGGCCUCAUCACUGUCUAUGUCACACAACCUCUCGAUACUGUCAAGACAAGAAUGCAAUCGCUGGAAGCCAGUAAAAACUACAAAAACAGCUUCGUCUGCGCAGCGAGAAUAUUUAAGGAUGAAGGUAUACUUACAUUUUGGUCGGGAGCAGUACCCCGUCUCGCGAGAUUGAUCCUGAGUGGAGGAAUAGUGUUCACAAUGUACGAGAAGACCAUGGAGACGCUCGACAGCAUUGACCCGCAGAGGAAGUACAUUUGA